UGAUGAAACAAAAAAACGAAGCCAAACAGCACUUAACCCCCGAGACCAUUUUGGUUGGAUCGAUCUUGUAGAAACAGAGACUCAGAAAAGCACUUUCAGACUUGACCCUUCCCUACGAUUGAAUCGUAGAGAAAGAGAAAGAGAAAUCCUCCUUGGAUCAUACAUUUGGCGGAGGCUUACCUUUGCCGUUUAUUCACCCAUGUCACUCUUAAACCAGCUCUUCAAUAGAGGUGUUUUUGGCACAAAAUGGGUGGUUUUGUAGCAAAACAUGCGUGAGCUUGGCAAUCUCACGCAUCAAAUUGCUGCAAAACAAGAGGGAUAUGCAGCUCAAACAUAUGCGUAAGGAGAUAGCCCAGUUUUUGCAGGCUGGCCAGGAAGCGAUAGCUCGAAUUCGGGUGGAGCAUGUUAUAAGGGAACAGAACAUAUGGGCUGCAUAUGAGAUAUUAGAGCUGUUCUGUGAAUUUGUUCUUGCACGGGUUCCUAUAAUUGAAAGCCAGAGGGAAUGUCCACCAGAAUUGCGAGAAGCUAUCUCGAGUAUAAUAUUUGCAGCUCCCAGAUGUUCAGAUGUGCCAGAUUUGCUACAGAUCAAGAAUUUAUUUACUACAAAAUAUGGCAAGGAAUUUGUCAUGGCUGUGUCAGAACUUCGUCCUGACUCUAGUGUCAACCGUACAAUAAUUGAAAAGCUUUCAAUUAGUGCUCCUGCUGCAGAGGUAAAGCUCAAGAUAUUGAACGACAUUGCAAAAGAGUACAAUCUGGAAUGGAAUUCUUCAAACACAGAAGCAGAAUUCAGUAAGAAACAUGAAGAUCUGCUGGGUGGAUCAAAGCAAGCAUGUGCUGGAGUUGGACUCCCCCAGGCUCCCAACAAACGAGACUCUUUUAAAUCUUCUCCUUCUAAUGGGGCACAAUCUAUUAUACCUACGAAUACUAAACAAGAAUCUCAUCAGCCUCAAGCUCCUAGUGCUUCAAGCAAUGCUCCUUUUUUGGGUACUAAUGAAAUAGAACCAUCAAUAAAAAAUUAUGAUGCAGGACUAGUUAGCGAUGUCAAAAGGGAGACAAGACCCCAAUCGACUGAGAUCCUGGAGAAAGCUCGAGCUGCCAUUGCCUCUGCAGAGCGUGCAUCUGCUGCUGCUCGUGCCGCUGCCGAGUUGGUAAAUGUUAAGUUUGGGUCCUUCAAGCUGGAAGAAAGCAAGUCUUCUUCACAGCUGUGAUGAAAUGGAUAUGUGAGCUUUGUGUGCAUUCUUGUGAAUCUAUGGCAGCAGGCUUUUCCAAGAUCCAUGGAAGAAAAGUGGCUGAAAAAAAACAAAAACAAAAACAAGAGGAGGAGAACGUGUAUAUUAAAAAUAAUGCACUUCUUGUUAAGGAAUAUUACAAACCGAGUCAGUGAAUAUAACUGCAUGUCCGUUGUAUUA